AUGCGCGAACUGAAAGUAUCUCACUUUUGAAAUGUAACGCGCAGAGAUCAGUUGUACCGGGAACGAUUUGACUUUGUGGAUACUUUUACCGAUAUUUUUUAUGACAAAAAAGAAGGUGCAUGGUUUGAUGUGAAUCUUCGUACCGGGCAGCGAAACUACGAAGCCUAUCCAUCCAUUGCGGUACCACUUUUCGCGGAAUGUUACCGACGACUGGACAGACGAAUGAUGACCAAUGUACUGAACACGUUACAACGCAACGGACUGCUACAGUUCCCGGGCGGAGUACCUGUCAGCUUGAUCCAAGGUACGAAUCAACAGUGGGAUUAUCCAAAUGGUUGGGCGAAUAUUAAUCAUAUGAUUAUUGAUGGAUUACGAAGAUCCUAUCAUUACAGAAUGCAACAAAAAGCGUUCGAUAUAGCACAGAAAUGGAUUGAUCUGAACUAUCACGCUUAUAUGAAAGAUGGUAAAAUGUGGGAGAAAUACGAUGUUACAAAGCCAUACGAGAAAAAAGCAGAAGGCGGCGAAUAUGAAAUACAGGAUGGAUUUGGCUGGACAAAUGGUGUAGCGCUUGAUCUGAUGGUUACCUAUGGAAAAUUGCUGUCCGUAACAAAAUACGUUGAGGAUAAUGGAGCUAGGGCCGCAUUAUGUAUAGGUUCUUAUAGUUCUGUAUUAUUAUUAUUGUCCCUACUAAUUCUUUCGACUUUUUUGAGUAGAAGGCCAUAG